GAUGAAAAUUUUCCUAUUAAUAAACUUAAAGAUGCAAUUCAAAAAUCUAUUACAUGGCUUGAAAAAAACCAAGAAGCGAGUAAAGAGGAAUAUGAUUAUAAACAAGAAUCACUCGAAAAACUAGCCAACCCAAUAAUGAGGCUUCUUCACGGUUUCAGUCCAGAUGGCUUCCCAGAUGAUUAUGAUUAA